AUGGAAUUAAAUAGAACGCGCAAAGGGCCGCUGCCUGGAGGUCGCCAGGGCGCGUCUGGAGCUGGCGCUGGACGCGACAGCAUGCGAACCGCCAGCCGAGCGCGAGGUGCUGCACGAGCACCCAUCAGCCCCUCGCAUCCAUCAUCCCCACCAACUGGCUGGGUGUCGGCAGGGUCUUCGCGGGCCCAGCAAUCGGCACCCGCCUCUGGUGGAGUACGCCGCAUGCGCUGGACAACCCAGAUGAACAGCAACGCAUUGCGGGCGUAUUUUAGGGCAAAAGGGGGAGAAACUGGAUGUUUGGCGUAUCGGGCUAGAAUACAUCGUCUUUUUGCUGAGCUGGAGCCAUCUUUAACCGUCACAGAGCAAAACCUGGCAGACCGAGUUCGGUAUAUCUUGCGCUCAAAUAUAUUUGAUGUCGCCGAACUCGAACGGCUACGACGUGAGGCUGUUCCCCCUACGGCUGAGGAUGCGGCGCCAGAAAUGGUAGAGCAACCCGCAAACGUGGAUGCCACCGUGAAUACCCCAGUUGUGGUUGAUUCAAACGAUGAUGGAACAGUCGCCCAGGAACUGGAAUUAGAGCAUAUGAGGAGUACAUUGGAAGAGGCGAUUGUGGAAACGCGCAGUACGCCUCUCGAAAGUCGACCGCGACUUCCCCGCAUAGCCCUAAGCAAGCGGAAUCGGGCUGUCGUGAGGGCUCUGAACCCAAUGCUGGUGACCUAUUUGGAAGCCAGCCGGGACCUUUGCGAGACAGACUCAAUUCUUUUUGGCGCCGCGCUGGCAGUCUGCCGCAUCAUAGGCGCCAAGGUUUCCACGGCUGGACGCGCUACUGGCCAUAGUAGCGCUAUCCCAGCAUGGAGAAGAAGAAUUGAGGAACGUAUCGCAAAGGCUAGAGCUCUCAUCGGCAGACUAAUAUGCUUCAAAUCAGGCAACAACAGGCCAAGAAUUGUGCGCACCGUCAGGAUGGCGUUUGCUGGGACAAAUGUCAGUUUGUCCCAGCCGGAUAUAACGCAAAAACUGACGGAGCGCAUAGAUGAUCUGAAGCAGAGAAUCGCUGCUUGGGGAAAGCGGAUUCGGCGAUAUACCGAGAGGUCGACACGGUUCAACCAGAAUCGUCUCUUCCAGAGUGAUCAGAAGAGGCUCUAUGAAUCAUUGGAGCGACCAAUGGUAAGUGGAACGGGUCCAGCACCGAAUCAGGCCGACACUGUAGCAUUCUGGCGCGGCCUGUGGUCAGAGCCCGUAAACCACAGCGAGGGCCCUUGGACGGAAGUUAUGACGAGUCAGUGUGCGGGUAUUACGCCCAUGGACCCCGUCAUCAUAACGCCGGAUGACGUAGCUGAGGCGGUCCGUAGGGCCCCGAACUGGAAAAGUCCGGGGCUUGACGGGCUGCAUCACUACUGGCUGAAGGGGUUCAUGGCAGCAAUAAGUGAAGCAAAGCCCACCACAAACCCAAGGAAAAGCCACACUCGAGCUCCCCGUGGGCCCAUGCAGCCUCCUGUGUAUGUUUCACCAUGCACCUGUGAAUUGGAGACAGAAUUGACCAUCACUAGUGAUAAAGUGGCCAUAACACCACACACAUGUGCUGCUUUAGGAAGGUCUCCUGGGUAG